ACUAUUCAUAGUACCAUAUAGUUUCAAAGCUAAAUAUUACAUUCACAAUAUUUAAAAUGAAAUUAUAUAUAAAAAUAAAAAGUAGAUAAUAUAAAAUAAUAAAACUUUUAUUUUUUAUAGAGUGAUUAACUCUAUAUAAUAAUCUUUAUUUUUUAUAUUACCUUUUUAUUUUAAAAUCAUUCCAUUUUAAAAUAUAAUAUUUAUCUUUUUCUAUAUGGGAAGAGGGUAGUAUGGAAUUCUUUUUUUUUUUAUAUAUAUUUUAUAUUUUUUUAUAUAUUUUAAAAAAUAAUAGUUUUAAAAAAUAAAAAGAUUUUUUUUUUCCUUCUUUAUUUCAUUUUUUUUUCAAACUUUACAAGAAAUAUUAUAUAUGGUGUGCACAUAUUUAAUUUCAAUUAGAUUAUUCAAAUUAUAAUUAAAUUAAAAUUAAAUUUUUAUUAAUAAUAGUAUUAAUAAUAAUAAUAUGUUUUAAAACUAAACUAUUUUUAUUUAUUUUUUAUUUAUUUAUUAAUUAUUAAUUACAGUUAUUUUAACUUGCUAUUUUUAUAUAAAGUCUUCUAUUCUGGUUGUACCGGAGGGAAAUGAAAGGGAAAAGGACGUUAAACGAAGUAAAAAAAGGCUUGUUCUUUGGAUUAGGAAGUGGCCAAGUUAAGUUUGUUGAUAGAUGUUCUGGCUUGAAGGAUUCAAGAGUAAAAAACCAUCAAGAGGUUGAAAUGAAGGAGGCACUGUUGACUGCUGAGGUCCCUAACAAAGUGGUUUGGAGGUCCGGAUGAGCUCGAUGUUGGUUUCACGUUUCAAAUAGGGUUACUAUUGGUAUUGAAAAUUUGGGUUGGUUUUCAGUUCUUAUUCUUGCUGCUUUUUUACCUGCAUUGGAUUACUGUGGCGCUAUAUCUAGUUGUACUAUUUAACUGUAUACUCUUUUUAAUUCACUUUGUUUUUUUUCUUUUUUUCUUUUAUUUUUUGUUUGCUUUAUUACACUAAAAAUAAUAAUACAUUAAAAAACCCAUAUUUAAUAAUUUAAAAUUUUAAUAAUUUAAUUUAAUUUAUAAUAUGAAUAAUAUUAAUAAUAAUAAUAAUAGUUGUUAUAUAAUGGUUAAUUUAAAUAUAUAUAUAUAAUAUUUCAUAAAAUAUAAAAAAAAAAUGAAAUCAAAGAAGGAAAAAAAGAAAAAAAAAAAAAAAAUAAAUGUUUACUUGUUGAAAAAAAUAAAAAAAAUAUUCAAAAAUU